GUGAAAGUUAUCAAUUGAAAAUAUUUCUCAAUUUUAUAAAUAUAACAAAGCAGCAGUUAUUAGUCGUUACCUUUUAAUAGUUACAAAUAAUAAUUAGUUUACCUACCUGCGAUGUUAGUUUUUAUAAAAAAAUAUUCAAAGUGAUGUGUAUCUAAGUGUUAUAUAGAAGAAAUGGAAGAAAGUGAGCUGCGGAAAUUAUUGCGAACCAAAAAUGGGUGUAAAAUUCCGAAAAUGCUGCCCAUACCUGAUAUACGCGCCUUGGAGAAGCUUCCUUUCACGCCGCUGCCUCCGUACAAUAGACUCAAGGAUAAGCAAGCGAAGUUCCGCAAAGCGCUCGAAGAGAAAGCGUCGCGGCGGAAAAUACAAAUAACACGACCACGUAUUGAGAGACUCGAAGAAGAGCUACCGGAAAUAUCUCAGGAGAGGCACAUCGCGGUCCUACGAGAGUCUGCGCAGCGCCUGCAGCCGCCGCCCAUGCUCAAGACCUGGGAACGGAAAAUAAGCAGCUUAAUCUCACCAAAAAUGCGCAACAACUACCCGGCAUAUUUACAAGAACUCUUCAGGGAGGCCAAGGACGAAUGGAACAAAAAUCUCAAAGAACUCGCCGUAAAAACUGUCAUCCGCGAUGUCCCCGGCGUCCCCAGAAAGAAAUACGAAGAACCGCCCUUCAAAUUCAAAGGCAUAACCAGUAACUAUGAAAAAAUGCAACGCUUCAAAAGGAAACUUCAAGGGGCAUCACUAAUUUUACAUCCGUUUAUACGGCUCAUCCUGGAGUCUGCAGAGAAAAUAUUUCCGGAUGCAAUUAUACAUUUGAAAAGUUAUAGAGACCAAGGACCGAUAUCUUUAGGAGAUUUUGAAAAUAAAGCUCUGGAUGAAAUCAAACGUGCAGAUCAUUUGGUGUCUAGUACCUGGUACGGUACCCUCGUAACUUGGUUAAAGAACCCCAGGUGCUUAAAGGGCAUGCGUGAAAAAAUGAUACCGAAGUUCGUAAGAUGUGCCACCAAAAUGAUAUCUAUUCAGAUUCAAGAAUUAAUGCGCAGAUCGAUUGAUCAUAUUAUCGAUUCACUGGGUGAUCCAGACUGUGUGCCUAUAUUAAAUUUAGAACUGGAUUUUAACGGAGAAUUCAUUUACGAACCUUCAAUUGAAGACCUUAAUAUCAUGUUUCACAAAAUUGCGGAUUCGAUUUCAAACAUAUCUCGCCGACUUAUGCCUAUUGAGCAAUACCUCCGGAUGCCGUACGAUUUUGACGCUCUACCCGUGAAGUACAACGAGUGGUUAUAUGAAGAUGGUCAUAAAAGGCUGCAGGAGAAAAUGGACGAAGUAUAUGCCCCACUCCCCCAGUAUUUAGAAUCAUUACGUAAUGAGUAUAAUAUGUUAUAUGGCGAGGCUGUUAAAGUAGCUGUUUUAGAUUUUAUACAUUCUUGUAAUAAUUUUGAAGAAGCCCGUGAUAAAAUAUGGUACUAUCAAGAUAUAGAUUCAAACAUAACCAGUGUCCUUGAAAACGAAUAUUUCAAUUUCGCGGUUGUAUGUCAACUAAGAAUGAUAACAGGACUAAAAUCCAAAGCAUUAGAGUUUAUUAAUUAUAUCAUUGAAGGAAUUGUGAAGUAUCACAUAAAUGAAAAUGACAGCAUAUGUGCAGAAUUUGAGACAAUAGCAGAGAAGGCCUUGAAAGAACCUGCUAAUGCUGAAGAAUUAGUAGAACAAGGUAUCUAUAUACUUCAUGCUAAAACUGUGUUAGUAGAAGAAUUGAAACAAAGAAUUCAUCGUCAAAUUGAAAUUGUUUCAAGUUUGAUAGAAAUGGCUUCAUUGACAGAUGAACAUGUUGAAUCUAACACACGAACUGUUAAUUGGCUUAAAAAAAUAAAGCCUAUAUUUGAUAGAAACGCUGCUGCAUAUGAACAAUUCAAAGCAGAGAUGGAAGAAAGAUUGCAGAAUACAAUUGGAAAUCUCAAUAAUCUAGUACUUGACAUGGUUCCUUUUCUUGAGCUUCUCGACCAUAUGGAUGAUGUGAACAAUACUUUAGAAUAUCUCGAAUAUUUGCGAAAACUCGUUCACAAACUGGAUGAUUAUGAUAAAAUUGUAUCGUGGAUUAACAAAGAGGAAGCCACAUUUAAAUUUCCCAUCUCGCACUAUUCCGAGCUAGAAGAGCUUAAAGAUUAUAUUAAACCAUUUCACUGUCUCGUACAUUUAGUCCACAGAUGGAAACGCAGUUAUUAUACGUGGAUGGACGGAACAUUCGAAUAUCUUGAACACGAACAAAUCGAAAUAGAUCAUGAUUUUUAUUAUAAAGAAUUUUUAAAGUUGUCAAAAGCAUACCGAAAUAAAAUAAAACAACAAAUUGCUGAAGGAGUCGAAAAGAGAUUUGAUGGAUUAGUAGAUGAUCCAGACCCCAAUAACCUUCCUGCACCUAUGAAGCUCUGUGCUCAAGCAAUAAAUGAGUUAAAAGAAUGGAGACCAAACGUUCAAAUGGCUCACAUAAUGUGCAAUCGAGCAUUGAUGCAGAGACAUUGGGAUGAAAUGUCCACCAUCGCAGGAUUUGAUUUAACCCCAAACGCAGGCACAACUCUUCGUAAAAUAAUAAAUUUCAACUUAUGGGAUGAUAUUGAUCAAUACGAAAUUAUUAGUAUAGCCGCUACAAAGGAAUUAGCCCUAAUUACCAAUUUAAACAAAAUGAUGGCCGAGUGGAACGAUAUUUGUUUCAAAACUAGUCCCUAUAAAGAUACGGGAAUUAAUAUAUUAUCAGGUUUGGAUGACAUACAAAGUGUUCUUGACGAACAUAUUGUGAAAACAAUAGGAAUGCGUGGUUCAGCCUUUGUAAAACCGUUUCACGCAGAAGUGUUUGCAUGGUAUGACAAAAUUAUCAGAAUGAAUCAAACGAUUGAUGAAUGGGGGAAAGUGCAAAGUCAGUGGCUGUAUUUGCUUCCUAUAUUUUCAUCAAAAGAUAUAGUUGCUCAAAUGCCAGAAGAAGGUGUUAUGUUUGCUGAGGUCAGUAAUAUUUAUCGCCGUUACAUGGGUGCGGUUGAAAAAGAUCCACACGUGAUUGAUAUUGCUGGCAUGGCUGGUGUAUUGGAGGCAUUCAAAGCAGCUACCGCGUUGCUUGAGAAAAUCAAUGAUGGUGUUAAUAAUUACCUUGAAAAGAAACGUUUAUACUUUCCAAGAUUUUUCUUUUUGUCAAAUGACGAAAUGCUGGAGAUAUUAUCUGAAACUAAAAAUCCGUUAAAGGUUCAACCUCAUUUAAAGAAAUGCUUUGAAGGUAUAAAUAGAUUAGUAUUUGACGAAGAAUUUAAUAUAUCUGCAAUGAUAUCUAUGGAAGGAGAAGAAGUAGAAUUUCUUGAACCCAUAAGCGUUUCAGCUGCUAGAGGAUCAGUUGAGAAGUGGUUGGUGCAAGUAGAAGACCAAAUGCUAAAAGCUGUCAAAUCAGAAACUGAAAUAUCUUAUUACGAUUACCCUAAUGUUGGCCGCGUAGACUGGAUGCUUUCUUGGGAAGGAAUGGUUGUUCUUUCCAUAAGUCAAAUAUAUUGGGCUAUGGACGUGCAUGUAGCUUUAAGAACGCAUGUGUUAAAAGAAUUGCAAGCAUUCCACGAAGGAUUAAAUAAGCAACUUAGUGAGACCGUGGCAGUCAUACGUCGAUCAGAUCUCACAAAAUUAAAUAAUAUUACAGUGAAAGCUCUGAUCGUUAUUGAUGUGCAUGCUAAAGAUGUAAUACAAGAAUUGAUAAACAAAAAGGUUACUGAAGUAACGGACUUUCAAUGGUUAGCGCAGUUGCGAUAUUAUUGGGAAGAUGACAAAGUAAUGGUAAAAAUUAUUAACGCUGAAGUCAAAUACGCCUAUGAAUACUUGGGUAACUCAGAUCGUUUAGUAAUCACACCAUUGACAGAUCGUUGCUAUCGAACGUUAGUUGGAGCUUACUACUUACACUUGAAUGGUGCUCCUGAAGGGCCCGCAGGGACGGGAAAAACCGAAACAACUAAAGAUUUAGCAAAAGCUCUAGCUGUACAAUGUGUUGUAUUUAAUUGCUCUGAUGGUUUAGAUUAUAAAGCCAUGGGCAAAUUUUUUAAAGGUCUUGCUUCAUGUGGUGCCUGGGCAUGCUUUGAUGAAUUUAAUCGUAUUGAUGUGGAAGUGUUAUCGGUCAUUGCACAACAAAUUUUGUGUAUAAUUCAAGCAAUAAGGCAAGAUGUGGAAACCUUUAUUUUCGAAGGCACCACUAUAACGUUAAAUAAGGCUUGCUAUGUAUGUAUAACAAUGAACCCAGGCUAUGCAGGUCGCUCCGAGCUUCCAGAUAACCUCAAAGUAUUGUUUCGUACUGUCGCUAUGAUGGUUCCGGACUACGCUAUGAUAGGAGAGAUAUCUCUUUAUUCUUUUGGUUUUCUCGAUGCUCGAAGUCUGUCUAUAAAAAUAGUCACAACAUAUCGCCUUUGUUCAGAACAACUUUCGUCACAAAAUCAUUACGAUUACGGUAUGAGAGCCGUGAAAACCGUUUUGUCAGCUGCUGGAAAUUUAAAACGCAGUUUUCCCAAUGAAAGUGAAAGUAUAUUGCUUCUAAGAUCAAUAACAGACGUAAAUUUACCUAAAUUUUUGUCAUACGAUGUUCCACUUUUCGAAGGUAUCAUAUCUGAUUUAUUUCCGGGCAUCACAUUGCCUAAACCUGAUUAUGUUAAUUUCUUAGCUGCUUGUCAUGAAACUUGUGAAAAAAAUAAUCUACAACCAUUAGACUGCUUUUUGUUAAAGAUUAUUCAAACUUAUGAGAUGAUGAUUGUCAGGCACGGAUUUAUGUUAGUUGGUGAUCCGUAUUCCGCAAAAUCUAUGACGUUAAAAAUUUUAGCUGAAUCACUAUCGUUGAUGGAAGAAAAAGGUGUACCAGGUGGUUGCAAAAGUAUGUAUAAAGUGCUCAAUCCUAAAGCAGUCACUAUGGGUCAGCUUUAUGGCGCCUUCGAUCCAAUUUCUUACGAGUGGACUGAUGGUAUUGUGGCCACCAUUUUUAGGGAAUUUUCGUGUGAUGACUCACCAGUAAAAAGAUGGAUAGUGUUUGAUGGACCCGUAGAUGCUGUAUGGAUCGAAAAUAUGAAUACUGUUCUUGACGAUAACAAGAAAUUGUGUCUGACAUCAGGUGAAGUCAUGGCUAUGACUAACUACAUGUCAAUGAUAUUUGAAGUGAUGGAUCUUUCCCAAGCUUCACCAGCUACCGUAUCUAGAUGUGGUAUGAUUUACAUGGAAUCAUCAUCAAUGGGAUUAAAACCUUUUUAUUCUUCAUGGGUUAACACUCUCAAUCCUAUAUGGUAUGAAGAAAAUGAACAAUUUAUAUUUGAUAUGUGCGAGUGGCUUUUCGAUCCCUUGAUUUAUUAUGUUCGAAAAAACGGUGUACAAUUAGUGACAGCCGGUGAGGUUAAUCUACUUAUGAGUACUUUAAACCUUGUAGAAAUGUUAAUGAACAAUGCAAUUGAAGGUGAAGAAGAUACAAGACACUGUAGAACGUGGUUCUUGGCUUCUUUAAUGACAGCUUUAGUGUGGGGUAUUGGAGGAAUACUGAAUGCUAGCUCCCGGGAGAAAUUUGACGAAUUAAUUAAAGAAUAUUUUAAAGGAGAAAAGGGCCUACCUCAUGGAAUUGAUCGUUUGGAUGUAUCAGUUCCAGGCGAUGGAAUGAUUAUAGAUCAUUAUUACAUGUACAAAGGUAAAGGAGCUUGGAAACCUUGGUUAGAAUACGUAAAAUCAUUACAGGUCAAAGAACAAAUUAAUUUGCUUCAGACUGUUAUCCCAACAAUGGAAUUAGAAAAAUGUGUUUUUCUUCUUAAGAUCCACACCAAGUUUAAGAAGCCUUUACUUCUAAUAGGUCCUACUGGAACUGGAAAAAGCUUUAUGGUUCAACAUUUUCUUAUGAACAGUAUAAGUAUGGAUCAGUACACCCCCGGAUUUAUAACAUUUACAACUACUACAACCUGCAACCAGGUUCAAGAAUUAGUUUUGUCUAAACUGUAUAAGCGAAGAAAGAAUAUUUACGGCCCAUCAAAAGGUAAAAGUGCCAUAAUUUUUAUAGAUGACAUGAACAUGCCAUCAAAGGAGGUGUAUGGAGCUCAACCAGCUAUCGAAUUGCUAAGGCUCUAUUUUGAUCAGAAACACUGGUAUGACCUUAAAUCCACUGAUAAGUUAUUUAUUUUGGAUACAUUUUUUUACGGAGCUAUUGGACCAGUAGGCGGCAGUCGACAAUUAAUUUAUCCAAGAAUGCUUCGCCAUUUUAAUAUUUAUUCGAUUAAUGAAUUUUCUAAGGAGAGUAUGACUAAAAUAUUUACGUCUUUACUGCAGUUAGGCUGGAAACGGAAUGGUUUUGGGCAAGAUGCACAACCGUACAUAGUCAAUAUAGUCGCAUCCACUAUGGAGAUAUACGAAAAAGCCACAGAAGGGUUACGUCCUACUCCAGCUAAAUCUCAUUAUGUGUUUAAUAUGAGAGACAUAUCCAGAGUUAUUCAAGGGUGCUCUUUAUUACGGAAAGAGUCGGCUGAUAACAAGAAAACGUUUACGAAAGUUUGGAUCCAUGAAAUCAUGCGCGUAUUUUAUGAUAGGCUAUUAGAUGAACCAGACCGUGAUUGGUUCUAUGAGCUUUUGAAAAAAACAACUAAGGAAUCAAUGAAAGAAUCGUUUGAAGGUGUUUGUGAUAAUUAUCAGGAUGAAAAUGGCGUCGUCAGUCAAGCUAAUAUAAAGAACAUGAUGUUUGGAUGUUAUUUAGAUUUGGACAGUAUUGAAGGUGAGAGGAAGUAUGAAGAGGUUCCUUCUAAGGAAACUUUUCUUAACGUUGCUAUUGCCAUGUUAGCGGAAUACAAUGCGCUUCAUAAAGCAAAAAUGACAAUUGUCCUUUUUGAUUACGCUUUAGAGCAUUUAUCAAAAAUAUGCCGCAUUUUGUCAAUGCCUCAAGGCAAUGCUUUGUUAGUAGGCGUUGGAGGAUCUGGGCGACAAUCGCUGACACGUCUAGCUAGCACAAUUCUAGGACAGUCAUUGUUUCAACCAGAAAUCACAAAAGCUUACAGCCUCAAAGAUUGGCAUGACGACAUUAAAAUUGUCUUGAAAGAAUCUGGUGGCUUGAACAAGGAUACCACAUUUUUAUUUAAUGAGAGUCAGAUAAAAGUGGAAACUUUUAUCCAAAAUAUUGAUAGCUUAUUAAAUUCUGGAGAAGUUCCAAAUCUUUACGGACUAGAUGAAAAGCAAGAAAUACUUGAAUUGGUACGAUUAGCUGCUCAAGGUGGAAAUCGAAAUCUGGAUAUAAGCCCGUUGCAAAUAAUAUCAUUUUUUAUUGGUAGAUGUAAAGCUAAGUUACAUACAGUUUUGUGCUUUAGCCCUAUAGGAAAUGCAUUUAGGAAAAGGUUAAGACUUUAUCCAUCUUUAGUCAACUGUUGUACAAUAGAUUGGUAUGAUAGCUGGCCAGAAGAUGCUUUGGAAAUGGUGGCAAACUUUUACAUGGUUAAAGUCAAUGUGCCAGAUACCGUGAAAAAAGCAGCUGUAAUUGCUUGUAAACAAUUCCACGUAGAUGCUCGUAUCAUAUCUUCAGACUUUUACAGCCAAUAUGGAAGAAAAACUUACAUAACUUCGGCAUCAUACCUAGAUUUAAUUAAAUCAUUUACCACUUUAACUAACAGAAAACAAAGGGAACUUAAAACACAAAAACUCAGAUAUACAAAUGGCUUAGAUAAAUUAAAUCAAGCAGCCGACGCUGUUGGUAUAAUGCAACGUGAUUUAAAUGAAUUGAAACCACAACUAAUAGUAAUGGCAGCUUCCUCUGCUAAAAUGAUGGAAGAAAUUGAAGUUGAAACAGCAAGUGCAGACAAAGCUGCUGCUCAGGUUAGAGAAGAUCAAAAAGUUGCAAAUGUUCAAGCAGCUGCUGCACAGGAACUUAAAAAAGAUUGUGAAGCUGAUUUGGCCCUUGCCCUUCCCAUUUUAGAAGACGCUAUUGCGGCUCUAAAUACUUUAAAACCAAGUGACAUUACCAUUGUUAAAUCCAUGAAAAAUCCUCCUGCUACAGUAAAGUUAGUAAUGGCUGCUGUAUGUGUUAUGAAAGGCGUUCCACCAGAUCGUAUUCCUGAUCCUAAUAAUCCAGGAAAAAAAAUGAUGGAUUAUUGGGGUCCAAGCAAAAGAAUCUUAGGUGACAUGGCUUUUCUAGAUUCACUUAGAAACUUUGAUAAAGAUAAUAUACCCAUAGAAACUAUGAAAAAAAUAAGAAAAGAAUAUUUAUCACACAAAGAUUUCAAACCUCAUAUUAUUGCUAAAGCUUCGACUGCUGCUGAAGGCCUAUGCAAAUGGAUAAUAGCUAUGGACAUGUACGAUGCCGUAGCCAAAGUAGUAGCUCCAAAAAAAGCAAAGUUAGAAGCGGCUGAACGAGAGUUUGCUGAAACGAUGGCUAUUUUAGAUGAAAAAAAGGCGUUGGUGGCUCGUUUAGAAGCAAAAUUGGCAGAACUAAACGAAGCUUUAGAAGAAGCCAACAUCAAGAAAAAAGCUUUAGAAGAAGAAGUGCAACUAUGCAUCGAUAAGUUGUACAGGGCGGAAAAGUUAAUCGGUGGGUUAGGAGGAGAAAAAGUUCGAUGGACAACUGCUGCCGAAAACUUACAGGUACUAUUCGACAAUUUAGCAGGAGACAUUCUGGUUUCAUGUGGUAUAAUUGCAUAUUUAGCUCCAUAUACUUUGCCCAUUCGAACUAAAGUUACACAUUCAUGGCGUACACUAAUCAUAAAACUCCAGAUGCCACAUUCAGAAUCCUACAACUUGAAAGACAUCUUGGGCUCAGAUAUAAAAAUUCAAAACUGGUGUAUAGCAGGUUUACCAAGAGACCAAUUUUCAAUGGAUAAUGGCAUUAUUCAAGAUAAUUCUAUGAGAUGGUCUUUACUAGUCGAUCCACAAGGCCAAGCAAACAAAUGGAUUAAAACUAUGGAAAAAGGAAAUGACAUACAAAUAAUGAAAUUCGCUGACAGUACUUAUAUGAAAGUUAUAGAAACUUGCUUAGAAUAUGGUAAACCAGCAUUGAUAGAGUGCGUUCUUGAAGAAAUUGAAGCACCUUUAGACCCUGUUCUAAUGAAAAAUACUUACACUCAGGGUGGCAAAGAAUUUAUUGCUUUGGGUGAAAACGUAAUCGAGUAUCAUCCAAAUUUUAGACUUUACAUGACAACAAAACUGAGAAAUCCCCAUUACUUACCAGAGAUAUUUAAUAAAGUAACUUUAAUAAACUUUGCUUUAACGAAAGAUGGCUUAGAAGACCAGCUCUUGGGAAUAGUGGUGGCUAAAGAAAGGCCAGAUUUACAAGAUAAACGCGAAAAAUUGAUAGUUCAAAGUGCCGCUAAUAAAGCAGCAUUAAAACAAGUAGAAGACGAUAUUUUACGAACUUUACAAGAAAGUAAGGGAGAUAUUUUGGAAGACGAAACUGCAAUCGAAGUUUUAGAUUCAUCCAAGUUAUUAGCGGUCGAUAUUAUAAAGAAACAAGAGGCUAGUGUAGAAACUGAAUUAAUUAUUGAAAAAUUCCGGCUUGGAUAUAGGCCAAUUGCAUCACAUUCAGCUGUUCUGUAUUACUGUGUUACAGAAUUACCAAAUGUAGAUCCUAUGUAUCAAUACUCCUUGGUUUGGUUUAUUAACCUUUACAUUAUAUCUAUUGAAAAUGCAAAUAAAUCUAGGGAUCUAGACAAAAGAUUGAAAUUUUUAAAAGAAACAUUUACAUACUACUUGUAUAGUAAUGUAUGUCGUUCCCUAUUUGACAAAGACAAGCUGAUGUUUUCUUUUAUUAUGUGUUCUAAAAUGAUGAUGGCUGCAGAUGAGAUGAAUCACGACGAAUAUGUAUUCUUGAUAACAGGUGGAAUUGCUAUUGAAAAUCCCCUGAAAAAACCCGCAGAGUGGCUACCUAUUAAGGGAUGGGAUGAAAUCUGCCGUUUAAAUGAUUUACCAAAAUUCCAAGGAUUUAAGGAUAACUUUACUAAAAAUAUUGAUCAAUGGAAAAAAAUGUAUGAUGAAUUAGAACCUCAGAAUAAGCCUCUGCCCUCUGGGUGGGAAGAAAAACUAUCACCAUUCCAAAAGCUCCUUGUGAUCAGAGUUCUAAGGCCUGACAAGUUGACCAUAGCAAUAUCAGAUUUUGUUGAGAAACAGAUGGGGAAAAAAUAUAUAACACCUCCCCCUUUUGAUAUUGGGAAAUCUUUUGGGGACUCUAACUUCCUAGCGCCAUUAAUAUUUAUACUAUCCCCUGGUUCAGAUCCUAUGGGAGCCCUAAUGAAAUACUGUGAUAGAAUGGGUUAUGGGAAUAAAUUCAAUUCCAUAUCCCUUGGACAAGGUCAAGGUCCGAUUGCUCGGGCUCUCAUAGAAAAAGCGCAACUUGAAGGUGGUUGGAUUUGUCUCCAAAACUGUCACCUAGCUGUAUCCUGGCUACCAACCUUGGAGAAAAUUGUUGAAGGUUUAGAUCUCACUAACACUGACAUCAGUUUCAGAAUGUGGUUGACAAGUUAUCCAUCAGACAAAUUCCCUCAAGCUAUUUUACAAGUAGGAGUAAAGAUGACAAACGAACCACCUACAGGGCUUCAACAUAAUCUAUUUCGUUCUUACAAUUCCGAACCUGUAAAGGAAUCCGAAUUCUUCGAGGGAUGUCCAGGGAAGGAUAAAAUUUUCAGUAAACUUCUGUACGGUAUAAGUUUCUUUCACGCUGUUGUACAAGAACGGAAAAAGUUUGGACCUUUGGGUUGGAAUAUACAGUACGGUUUUAAUGAUUCGGAUUACCAAAUAUCUGUCAUGCAAUUGCAGAUGUUUUUAAACCAGUAUGAAGAAAUUCAAUAUAUUGCCGUUAAAUAUUUAACUGGUGAAUGUAACUAUGGCGGCCGAGUGACUGAUGACUGGGAUCGGAGACUCAUCGUUACUAUUCUUGAUAAUUUUGUAAAUGAAAGUGUUGUGAAUGAUCCCAUGUAUCAGUUUUGCAACCUGGGAGCGCAGUAUGGAUUACCCCGUCGUUGCGAAUAUCAAGAUUAUAUAAAGCACAUAGAGGCGGUCCCGGUGAAUCCACCGCCAGAAGUAUUUGGUCUCAAUAUGAAUGCUGGAAUAACUCGUGACUAUAGUACUUCAAUGGCGCUAACUGAAGCUUUAGUUCUGGUAGAAGGUGGUGGUAGUGGUGGAGAAGGUGCGAAUACGGAAACAGUUCUCGUUCAAAUGGCUACUGAGAUCUUAGCCAAGUUGCCAGAUGUUUUUGAUAUUGAAGUUGCUUUGCAAAAAUACCCAGUUGACUAUAAUGAAUCUAUGAAUACAGUUCUCGUACAAGAAAUGGAUCGUUUCAACAAAUUGCUCCGUGAAGUCCGACAAUCCUUGCUUGAUCUUCAAAAUGCCAUAAAAGGGCUUAUAGUAAUGUCACCAGCAUUAGAUAAUCAAGCAAGUGCAAUGCUUCUAGGACGAAUACCAGAAAACUGGAAAAAGUUUUCAUAUCCCAGUUUGAAACCAUUGCCAAGUUAUGUUGCUGAUCUUAUAGAACGUCUAGCAAUGCUGGACAAAUGGUAUCAAACGGGUAAACCCGCAACCUUCUGGCUAUCUGGGUUCUUUUUCACGCAAGCAUUUUUAACUGGAUCAAUGCAGAACUACGCCAGAGCUAAAAAAAUACCUAUAGAUUUGCUAGUGUUUGAUUUUGAAGUUAGAAAGGUUGAUUAUGAACCGAUAGCUCCAGUGUGGGGAGUUUAUGUCAUUGGACUCUUUAUGGAUGGAGGCAGAUGGGACCAUAAAUUACAAACCAUAGCUGAACAAUACCCUAAAAUCUUGAAUGAGCCCAUGCCUGUUAUAUGGUUGUUCCCUAAACUCAAAAAUGAUUUUGUCGAUGGGAGUCGAUACAAAUGUCCAUUGUAUAAGACAUUGGAGAGGAAGGGAGUCCUAGCAACUACCGGCCACUCAUCAAACUUUGUGCUUGCAUUUUACUUGCCUUCAAAUAAGCCCUCAGCUCACUGGAUUAAAAGGAGUGUGGCUUUACUUCUUCAAUUGGAUAACUGAAACAUUUGCUUUUGUAGCUAAUUAAUUACGUUUAUGUUUGGUAUUUUUACUAUAUUGUACAAUUUUUAUAUCAACUAAUUUGUAGGUUUUGGCAACAAAUUUUAUCUUCCCUACCAAACUAAUAAUCUUUAUGUAUGUAGGUACUUACAUGUACAUUAGCUAUAUAGCUUCCACUGUGUUAUUGCAUUUUUGAUGUUUCCUUAUGUCUGUUAAGUAAAGUUGAUUUUCCUUUGCAGUCAUCAAAU